AUGGCCAUCGAAAUCAAACCCCUUCCACCACAGGAAGGCCGCGACACCGACUUCGGCGCGGAAGUGUAUAAUGUCGAUUUGGAGAAUCUCUCGGACUCCGACUUUGAAACCAUUCACAACGCAUUAUACAAAAACCUCGUCCUCGUAUUCAAAAACCAAUCCCAUCUCUCCCCAAAAGCACAAUACACCCUCACAAACCGGUUCGACCCAUCCGCGCAAACCUACGGCCACGGAACAUCCAUUCCCACGGCAAAGAAGUCCAUUCUGCACCCAGACCUGAAAACAGUUCCGCACCAGCCUCAAGUCCAGGUCAUCGGACAUGGCUUCGUACCCGAAUAUGAAGGAUUAAAGAAUAUUCAGCUCAAACAUCCCCAUCAUAAGACGUUUCAUAGGGACGCGAUUCCUGAGGAGAAGGAUUUGGAUUUCACCCGCUUUUAUAGAUGGCAUAUUGAUGCCGCGCUGUAUGAGCUAUAUCCGCCUAAGGUUACGACAUUGUUGGCUGUGACGGUACCUAAAGGACGACGGCAGACGUUGCUUUAUGAUGAUGGCUCUGGGGAGACGUUGGAUGUGCCGCUUGGUACGACGGCAUUUGUGAGCGGGGAGAGGAUGUAUGAGAUCCUCUCGGAUGAGGAAAAGGAGUUUGUUAAUGGGAGUCGGGUUGAAUAUGCGCCUCAUCCGUACAUCUGGAUGAACCAAUGCAGAGCCCUCCCCACCGGACUAGGCCUCUAUAGCGAGGGCAGGGAACUCCCCCUCUCUGACCUCCCUGAGAUUGACGAAUCCAAGAUUCAAAUCUUACCGAUGGUCUGGAAGAACCCAGUGACAGGUAAUCCGGCACUGCAGAUCCAUCCGUCGGCAGUGAGGAAGAUCCACCGCGCAGAUGGAAGCGUGAUUGAUGACCUCGCUACCGUCCGAGACAUCGUGUAUAAACUGCAGAGACCCGCUAUUAGCCCCAAGUAUGUGUAUCCGCAUGAUUGGGAGGAAGGGGAUCUAGUCCUCUUUCAUAAUCGGGGCUUGCUACAUUCUGUCGUUGGUGCGUUUGGGGAGGGAGAAGUGAGGAUUUUCAGACAGUGUAAUUUGGCGGCAGGGGAGAGUGUUUAA